GUAGUUCACGUGACGUCACAUACUUAUCGACACGCCCCCUUGUGGGCAAAAAAAGGCUUCAUGCUCCUACAUACUAUGAGGACGUUAUAUGACUUCUACCAAAAAUAAAAGCCUGACAGUUGUUGUUUAAGUGGAUGCGCUAACCGAAAGAGAAGACAAGCCCGGGUUGUGUCUUUUAAAGAAUCCGGUCUGAGAAGGAAAAUCCUGACAGUUGCUAUUAGCUGAAUGGCAACUGUCAACGUUUCCACGUCUUUGAGCGAACAUUUCACCGAUGUUCAUCUCCCUGCUGAGUUUUUUGGUGCCCGGUUUCGUCCAUCAUGCUGGGUCACACUCUGCUCCAGACCUCCCUGGUUCUCUGGUUGGCUCAUCAGACUCUGCAAGGCGCGGUUAAACCUCAACCUGUCUCCUGGGGGCGAGUGCUGCCAGCCAGAAAUGUUGGCGUUGGAAUAAAACCUGGAGUCGCAGGUGCUCUCGGAGCACUCGGGAACCGAUAUGGCAGCAAAGCAAUGAAGACUGGACUUGGACGAUAUGCAGGGGCUCAGCUUGGUGUUGGAGGUUACAGAUCUCUUGGAUUAGGAGCUAAAGCCGGUCUGAAGCAUGGUGGAUAUGCAACCCCGGGUGCCUACGGAGCAAGUCUGGGCACAGGACUGCCUUUGGGGACUGGACUCGCAAAUGGACUGGGACUGGGGCAUGGAGCAAGACGUGGGUAUGGUGCAGGUCUCGGUACCCUCCCAGGAUACGGUUCAGUAGCUGGCAUUGGUUAUCCUGGAGUGCGACCAGGUGUGUCUACAGCAGCAGAUUUGGGUGGACCUGUGCUGGCCAAUCUAGGCGAAGCUGCUCAAAAUCUGAAGAGAGAGAAAAUCAGUCAAUCCUAUGGAAGAAGAGAAACAACUGUUGGACUUGAAAUACCUAGUAUAGGGAGAAGCAAUGUACUCGGUCCCACUGCUGCUGAAAUUGGCCAUAGAGAUGUCAAAGGCCUUGAUCCAGCAGUUAAGGCAAACCUUGGAGCUUUGACACACCUUGAUAAACAAAGUAAAAUUCUGGCACAAGGAAGGGAAAGCUAUGAUCCUACGCUCAUGGAAAGAAGAAGUUCAACAAACCACGGAGCCACGCUCGCCGCCAGAGGAGUAAGACCGCAACUACCCUUUAUUCAAGCCAAUAUCAGAACUCAAGGCUCCCCUCAGGUUCAGCACACAGGAGAAUAUGAUUCAUUUAUCCAGCAGCGACGCCCAAACUGCGGCUCAAACAGAGAUAUGUCAGGUGUUCUUCAAGAAAUCAACCACCAAGAGCAUCUCGGUGCUGAAACACAGAGGACUCAGGGUUUAGUGCAGAGGCCUCAUGUUGGUAAAGAGAGCAAAUAUCUUCAACAGCCUCACCGGCCUCUUCCACAAGCUCAAGAUGUCAGAGGCGGUAUUUUCUCACAUUCACAAGGCCAGGCACCCAGAACCUUUGUGUCCGCUGGAGCCGACGGGCACGCUGUCAGAGACCUCGUGGCUUCUAAAGAGACAAAAGGACCCAGAGCCCAUGGGGCCGUUGUUGUAGAAAAUCUUUCUCCAGAUUCUUUAAAUAUUCGAAUACAAGGAGCGGGGAGCCAUGGACCUGAGAGUGCAACUGGAACCCAAAGUUUAGGCAUUGCCGGCGUGCAAAGGCAAGAAGGUGAAGGGCUAACCAUUGAUGGUCAGGAACAGAAACACCUUAUCCACACUGAACACGCUGUCACAAAGUCAAAAGCUCUCAGCAUCCCAGGACAGACUGGGAGGAGUAACCAGGGAACAAGUUACAUUGGUGGAGCAGGAAACUAUCAUGGAGCAGGCCUGGGCACUGGCCUGGGAGGUGGCCUGGGCGCUGGCCUGGGUGCUGGUCUGGGUGCUGGUCUGGGUGCUGGCGGAUAUGGGACAGGUUUGGGACAAGGAGCUUACCUUGGUGCGACUGGCAAACUUGGAGCUGCUGGUCUCGGACAGGGUGGAUAUCCUCUCGGUGUUGCAGGGCCGGUAACUGGGUACGGUGAGGGACUCACAGGAUACCUUGGUGCUAUGGGAGGCAAUGGUUUGGCAGGUUAUGGGAAUGGUUACAGCGAUGGUUACGGGGCUGGGCUUGGUUACCCUGCAGAGUUAGCUGAUGGUGCAGGACACAAAUCAAGGAAGAGUGAAGCUCUCGGUACAGGCGCCUAUGCCGGGCAGGUCCAGGGGGCAUUAGGAGCGCUCGGCACAGGCCUCGAAUCAACUGGUGGCAAAUAUGUCGGAGGAGCUGCCCAGGUUCCUUACGGUGCUGCUCCAGUGAUCCCCGUUGGGGUGGAGGGCGACGGUGGUUACCCAUUGGCUGCUCAGCAGAUGGCCCUUGGUGCUGAAGGUGCGAAAACUGCAAACAAAUAUGUGGCUGGUGCAGGAUAUAGACCUCCACAAACAGGUUACGGCGCACAGCUAGGAGCGACUCAUGAUGCCCUGGGAGAUGGAGGAGUGAAUGCUGCCCUUGGCCACGGAUACAAAGGCUAAUUCAGUUGACCUGAACUUCUUCAAGUGGAUCAUUUCCAUAAUGUGUUCAGUGUUGUGUGUUUUCAAAGCUUCUUGUGUGUUUCACUUUAGUUUAUCCUGUUGUGCUGUCUGAUUUGUCUUUUGUUGUAUCUUUCAUUAUCCUUUUUUUCUUCCUCUGUAAGUGGACAUUUGUUACCCAUGUCUGUCUCUCUGUCUUUCAUCCAAACCUUCAGUGCCCCCAUCAUUGUUGAGCAUAAAUAGAUGUGUGCAAGGAAAAUUGUCUCUAUGUUUUAAAAUAAAUACUGAAAUGAUGA